UUGAAAAGCUGCACAUCUGCUAAGAGCAUAUUUUUUAUUUUAGUGCCUUGUUUGGUGCCGAGGAUCAGCAACGGCUUCAUCAGCAAAUACCGACCUGACGAUUACGUCUAUCACGGUGAACGCGUCAAAGUGGAAUGCGCCAUCAAGUACGAGUUGGCAAAUGCCGACUAUCCGACGUGCAACAACGGAUCCUGGUCGAACGUUCCACGAUGCACACCAAGGUACUGUCCUCAUCCGAAGGUCGUUAUUGGUCAGCUGAACAACGGUAUAAUUAAACUCGAAGGCUCGAUGGGCGAAUACGAAUUUAAAGAUUACAUCCAGCCCGUUGGAGAAUACCGAACGAUCGUUUUCGAAUGCAACAAAGGAUAUGUUCUUCAGGGUGAACCUCGCAGAUACGAGGCAAAGUGUACGAGACUUAACGGGUUCAUUUUAGGACCUACGAAGGCGACGUGCGUCAACGGUUCGUGGCAGCCAAAGGUCAAACCAAGAUGCGUGCUGCAAACGCAUCCGAAAUUGUCCAAUCGAAUCAUGUGGGACGUACUCAGCAGAGACAAGCGCCAAUUUCGGGGUGGCUCGCUUCAUCUGUCGGAUGUGAUCUAUUCGCCGGCUAACAUUUCGGCUGCUCAUCAACUGAAACGUAAAGAUCGGUCCAGGUCAGCGAGGACAUCAAAAAUAAAUGGCACGGUGCACUUGGCCGCGUCUGAUCGAUUACAGGAAAGCGAUACUCACCGAUUAAGCUGCGAAAUUCCUGGCGUCAAAAAUGGCUUUUUCGUCAUGCACAACGAAUUUCUGAAACCUCACGAACAGCUCUACAGUGGCGCUCGAAUCACAAUGUACUGCUUAGACGGAUUCGAACUCGUCGGCAACGACACCAGCGAAUGUCGCGACGGAAUUUGGAUAGACGCUUUUGGCCAUUGUCAAAAAACCAUUGACAAGGCCGAUAAGACGAGUACAAACGAGACCAGCUGCCCACCUCCGAUCGACCUCAGAAAUGUCGAAGACAGAAGCCCAAGGCUUCUAUCCACCAACGAAUACCUCAACGGGACUAUAAUCAGCUAUCCCUGCGACCGUUUUUUCAGCCACCCAGUGGCCAGGGAAGCUCAAGCUGUUCAGUGCAUCAACGGCUCAUGGGUCGCGCUGCUCAAAUCUUGCGCUCGAAAGAGAAAUCACAGCCACAAGCCAAGGAGCGGUAAAAUGGACAGGCGUUUUUACCAUCAAGGACGAUGUCCAUUCCCGGAAGUGGACGCUGAUAUUUGGCAACUGACAUCUAAGUUUCACGCGCGUUCCUCAAAGUCUACAUUUCGUAAUGGAUUCGAAUUCAAGGUCUGUCAAAUCGGCUUCAGUUUGUCACUCGUUGGCUUUUCAAAUUCGUCCUUUUCUCAGUCGGACUGCUUAUUCAAACCCGAAAAUUUCGAAAACAUGGAACUGUUCGACGCUAAGACGUCCGAGAGCCUGACUUUCAAGCAACGAGUGCCGCACAACGCAAAGUUCAUCGUCAGAUGCAGGCAUGUGGGCCUAUUUCAGCUGAUCGGCUCGGCGACCAUUACCUGCCAGCACGGGGUAUGGGUGGACGAUCUGCCGCACUGCAGAGCCGUCGGUUACCCAUACUUGAACGACAGGCCACCGGCGAUCGUUUGGCGCGUCGUUAAAGGGGACAUAUCGGUAAGCGUUCGAGGCGAGCUGAUCGUUCGCCAGGCUUCUUACCUGCACCUGGACUGCAUAUACCCGAGGAGCAAAGGACAACCGACGUGGGAGUAUACCUCGUCGUACCGCCACUAUCCUCAACACUGGGACAUGGCGGACGCCGACCACCCCGGAUACGUCUUAUAUCAUUUCAACCGGAAAACGCAGCAAAGUCCACUGAUUUCCAUUUACAGACUGGCCAUUUAUAUGACAAGGCCCGAAGAUUCAGGACUCUUUUACUGUAUAGAUCCGUAUGGUAGAAGACACGCUGUCAAACUCAUCGUUAAAGGUAUGAUAUUGAACGAAAGUGGAAUAUUUCGAUCGGUGCGAGAGAGUGUGCGUUUUCCGUGAAC